ACGGAGGGGGCGUGAAUGAUUGGCUGGCGUGGUUGCCACGUGACUAACGGUCGCGGGAAAGCCGCGGAGUCUGAACCGGUGAGUGUGCUGUGGUGGUGGACCAGCAAGACGGGUUUGCGGCGGCCACGGCCAACUUGUGUGAACGCGCGCGGAGAGCGGAAUCGCGCCUGUCAGUAUCCCGUCGGAACGAAAGGAGGCGGAUCAGUCUUUGUGGGCCUCUCUGCCAUGAGUUUCUUGAGCCGGCAACAGCAACCAACUGCGGGGGCGCGGCGUCUCACAGCCCGGCGCGCGGCGGCCCCGAUCCGGCAGAAGCUGCUCUUCUCGGGCGGCGGGAGCGAUUGUGAAGAAGAGGAGGAAGAAGAAGAGGACGGCGAUGAGGAGGAGGAGGAAGGAGGAGGCAGCGACAACAGCACCGGGGAGGACUCGGCAUUCCAGGAGGCCGAUUCGCCCCUCUCGGUCAGCUGCACCUCGGCUCGGGGGGAGCCUUUGCCGCCGCGGACGCCGGAGGUGGCGGCGAUGGAGCUGGUGCCUCCCGCGCUCCCUGGCGAGGAGGGGGACUCGUGGGAGGAGGAAGGCUUCGGGUCCUCCCCUGUAAAAUCGCCCGGCGCCUACUUCAUGGCUGGCUCGCCGCCGCUGAAAGGGCCCCGCGGCUACUGCGGACAGUCGUCGCCUCCGCGCCCGGAUCCGAGCCGCUACCGGGGCCACGCGGAGGAGCCCGGCUCUCCGCUGCCUGAAUACCCCGGCACCCCGCCCCACAAGACUUUCCGCAAGCUGCGCCUUUUCGACACCCCGCACACGCCGAAGAGUCUGCUUUGUAGAGCUCAAGGAAUGGGCUCAAGCUCUGCUAAACUCAGAGGUGGCUCUCUCUUCAUGAAUGUUGGAAAACUUGUAAAACAGGAACCUGACAUGCUGCAGGCACCGCAUGUGAAUAUUAAUCCCUUCACUCCAGACUCUCUAUGCCUUCAGUCUGUUGGUCAGUGUCGCAGGAGAAAAAGAACACACUGGAAUGACUCCUGUGGUGAGGACAUGGAAGCAAGCGAUGGAGAGCUUGAGGAUGAAACUGUCAGACCAGCCAAACGAAUCAGCAUAACAGAAAGUAAUAUGAAAUCACGAUAUGCAACAGAAUUUCAUGAAUUGGAAAAGAUUGGUUCUGGAGAAUUUGGUUCUGUAUUCAAAUGCGUGAAAAGGCUUGAUGGCUGCAUCUAUGCCAUAAAACGAUCUAAGAAACCUUUGGCUGGUUCAAUUGAUGAGCAAAAUGCUCUUAGAGAAGUCUAUGCUCAUGCAGUUCUGGGGCAACAUUCACAUGUAGUCAGAUACUUCUCUGCCUGGGCAGAAGAUGACCAUAUGCUUAUACAGAAUGAGUACUGUAAUGGUGGCAGUUUAGCUGAUGCCAUAAGUGAAAACUAUCGAAGUAUGCGCUACUUUGGUGAACCAGAGUUGAAAGAUCUGCUAUUACAAGUUGCUCGUGGUUUGAAGUACAUCCACUCUAUGUCACUAGUACACAUGGAUAUAAAGCCCAGUAAUAUCUUCAUAUCUAGGACCUCUGUUCCAACUACUAUAUCUGAAGAAGGUGAUGAUGAUGAGUGGUCUUCUAGCAGAAUUGUUUUCAAAAUAGGUGAUCUUGGUCAUGUGACUAGAAUAUCCAGUCCACAAGUAGAGGAAGGAGAUAGUCGUUUCCUUGCCAAUGAAGUUUUGCAAGAGAACUACAAUUACUUACCAAAAGCAGAUAUCUUUGCUCUUGCACUAACUGUGGUGUGUGCUGCUGGUGCCGAACCACUGCCAGCCAACGGUGAUCAGUGGCAUGAAACUCGACAAGGGAAACUGCCUAGAGUUCCACAAGUCCUUUCUCAAGAGUUAUUAGACUUAUUAAAAGUUAUGAUAAACCCUGAUCCAGAGAAAAGACCAUCAGCCGUUGCUCUGGUCAAGCAUUCUGCACUAUUGUCCACUGCCAGAAAGAGUGCUGAGCAACUACGAAUAGAGCUGAAUGCUGAAAAGUUCAAAAACUCCUUGUUGCAGAAAGAACUGAAGAAGGCGCAAAUGGCAAAGGCAGCUGCUGAAGAACGAGCACAGUUUACAGAUCGAAUGACAACUAGAUCUACAACACAAAACAGAACAACUCGUCUUACUGGAAAGAAAAUGAACCGUUCAGUUAGCCUUACCAUAUACUGACUUGACCUUUCCAUAAAACUGUCAAAAGAAGACUAUGGAAUAGUGCUGGACUAAAUUAGGAACGGAAGAGAAGAUUCUGUUUCUAGUUUCCUCUUUAAUCACUGUCGUCAGUUUUUUUUAUAAAGGAAACCUUUUAAAAUUUUAAUUUCACCAAAUACAGUUAAAUAACUGUUUCCUCCCAUCCCCUGAAGAAUUUAGGAUUAUUAACUUAUAAGCCUUUCAGCUACAUUGGGAUGUAUCCAAAGGUGCCUUGCACAAGUGGAAGACCCUUCUUGCUCAGGACAGCCCCCUGCUCCCCCCAAGACACUGCUGUUCCCCCAACACGCUCCACUGUUCUGGGACCAACCCCCAAGUGCCCUUCAGGGGAUGGUGAGUGGUGUGCAUAGACUGCAGUGGGACAAGAGGGUAAGAGCCCCACUGCAUGAUCAGAGCUCUGCUCAUGCUCAUUUUGGAUACAACCCACUGUAUAUUAUGCCAUCCAGAGUUAACCACUAUUGUGGUCUGCUGCUUUUUAGUGUUAAUGCAUUGUAGUGAAAGGCAUUUUCCCUAGUAGUCUAAAGGGCUUUGUUCCUGAACUGAUCUAUUUGGAAUGGAGGGAAGAAAUGCUGUGGGGAGAGGCCAAUGGCCAGCAGGCCAAACAUACCUGGUGUCAGGUAAACGUUUAUUGUGAAUUUUACUUGUGUAUUCAACUGGGAGCACUUUGUUCGGCAUUGCUUAGACCACAGGAAGAAGCCUGUGGAAACAUGCCAUGUGAAACUGCUGCUAUUUUUAGUUUGUCUUUGCUGUAAAAUUGUAGCAUUAAAAACAAUCAUUGUGUUAGUAGGCUUUCUGUUUUUUUAACAAAAAUUAUGUGAAACAUGUCAAAGCUGCCUCCGGUGAAAGCAGCAUCUUUCUCUGAAGCUAGUGCAUUAUGUACAGAGUCAAUGCACCAAUUUUAUAUUUGAAUUGCAUUAUUAGUGUACAUGUCUUUGUUUUGUAAUUCUCUCUAAUCUCUAAAAACUAACUCCUCUUCCUCAUCUCUCUCCUUCCCACAGUUAAUGUUUUAAUGUGCCUGUUUGCAUAUUUUUGAGUACUUGUACAUAAGUGUUUGUUUCACUGUUUUUCCAAAAUGAAUGUAUAUAACUGUUCUUAUAGUGUACUAUACUGCAGUUUAAGAAACCAAAACAUCCACUUCAAAUUUAUUCCAAUUUUAGUUGUGAAAUUAAUAUAAUUGGCCCUCCCAACAGUCUGUUCAAAUUUUGCCAAAAUAGAUGCUUUCUAAAAUUGGCUUUUUGUCUUAAGCCAAUGUUUCCAUUUGAAUGUUUAACUUGGUUUUUUUAAUUAGUAUUGAAUCAGAAUAUUAAAGUGACAUUUUGAAAUUAA